CCCUAGAGUAUCUAGAAUUUACCCUUGAAUCAGUGAUUGAUUCCAAUAGAGGUGGUAGGUGCAGCUUUCAUUGCUAUUCCUUUGUUUUGAUCGAUAUUUACCUUCACCCAUCACACAUCGUAUCAAUGGCCUCCAAAAUCCUCACCGUUGCACAGAUCCUCCUCCGAUCAAGCCGUUCAUGGACGGCGUCCGCCUCUCCUGUCGCCGGCCGUUAUAACUCAUUCUGUUCAUCCGCCGCUCCCAGCGACCACACUCAGUCCCAGUGCUCCAGAGGAAGAGCUCUUCAGUCCUCUUUGAUGGGGCGCAUGACACACCCGUUCCUGAUUCAAGGUCUGAGAGCAAUGGGUAAUGUGGAGGAAUAUGAAGCAGAGGCUAUUGUGAAAGUUGACAUGCCUGGGAUUGGGAAAGACGGUCUGGAUGUAAAGGUCAAAAACAACGAAAUCCAUAUCAAAGGAAAAUCAGAGAUUGAUCCUGAAGAGGACGAGCGUAUCGCAGAGAGGAUUUACACCGGCGUAGUUGAUCUUCCUCCGGGCUUUUACAACACGGACGACAUCAAGGCCACCUUGAAGCUCGGUAUUCUGAAGAUGGUGAUUCCUAAACUCCGACCUGAGGAGAUGGAGGACCCAACUCUCAUUCCGCCGCCGAUCGGAUUUCGUGCCCGGUCACCACAGAAAUGAAACGUGUAAAGGAUUGAAUUAGAAUGGAUGAAAUGAAGAGGUUGGAGGGAGCUACUAGCUGUUUUGGGAGAUAAGAUACCCAAGUUUACUGGUUUUGGUAUGAUAGAGGGUGGUUCAAAAACUGAGAAAGGUGAGCAUUUUGUGUUGUUUCUGUUUAGUCUUCACAUUAAAAAUAAGUAUGUACACAGCUUUUUGUUUGUAGUUUUCUGUUUUAAUCAACACUUUUGUUAUAUGGCUGGGUGUGCCAUUCACCAUUGUAAAUCGAAUCUCUUUGGUGUCUGAUCAGUUACCUUUAUUAAUUUAGUAUCUCUAAUCUGAUUCUAAGCAA